UUUGAGGAGCUUUUUUUUUCACAAAAGCCUUUUUAACAUUUGUGAUGUGAGCCUUUUUCUUUUUCCACUUUACUCUCUCCUUCAAGAUUGCCUUCAACUUAAUGAUUUAUUCACAAAACAACACCAUAUUUCCUCCCUGCCCAAAUAUUUUUCUCACUCUACUUUCUCACACCUCCACAGCUCUCUCUGUCUGUCUCUCUCUCUCUCUUUCUUUCUUUCUUUCUUUCUAUCUGUCUCUCUCUUCUUUCACUAUCUCUCUUUAUAAAUCGAUUAACUCUCUCGUGGCUUGUUUAAAAGCAUCUGAUCUGUAGAGAUUGGGGAAAAUGGAAAACCCCAGAGGAUUAGACCUUGAAGCUGGAUUCGAGGGUUGAAGUGAUUUGGCAAUAUGUAUGUAUUUGGGAUUGCUUUUCUGGAUGAUGGAUGAAGUACUGUAUUAUCUUUAUGCUGAAAUUCAAGUUGUGGGAAGGAGUUUAACUUGAUUUUAAUUAAAGUUCUAGUUACAAUCGGCAGGCUAGUAGGAAAUCGAAUAGCUUGUAAAAAACAUGCCCUAUUUGUUCAAAAGGGUCCAAUUUCCAUCUGAUGAUUUCAGCUAGUACUAAAAAUUUUGUCAAGCCAGCUGUUGAUGGAACUAAAUGUGCUAUCAUGAAGAGCUUUUAGGAUUGAUUGAAGCAAGUGGAUCAAGGGGUUUGUGAUAUAGGGGAUGUAUGUGGAUGAACUUGUUUAUAUUCUACAAAGACCUGGGAUCUAGCUAGGAUAUAUGUGGUGGGUACACUUGGUUGUGAUUAACCACAGAAAUUGCAAAUGUCUGAUUCAAUGACUUGUGAAGACCAGCGAUGUUGUACUGGAAAGAAGUCUGCAAUAAGCAACCAUGUAAAUUAUUGAGGUUGGCACUUAUUAAGAGGCUCUUUGGUGACCUAGAAUAAUCAAUCGUAUCAUAGUGGACUCGGGAUUUCUAGUUGUUUGGAGAAUCACUAAACAAUAUGGAAGCUGAGAUUUCUAACGCUAACCAUAUGCCAGAUGUUCGGCAUCAGUUCCUUCCUGCUGUUUUUCCUAUGCUUCUGAUAUCAAUUGGAUAUGUCGAUCCAGGAAAGUGGGCUGCAGUUGUUGAGGGUGGUGCCCGAUUUGGGUUUGAUCUGGUUGCUCUAAUGCUUGUAUUCAAUUUUGCUGCUGUUUUAUGCCAGUGUUUGGCAGCCCGGAUUGGUGUUGUGACCGGAAGAGAUCUUGCACAGAUUUGCAGUGAUGAGUAUGACAAGUCCACAUGCAUGCUCCUUGGAAUUCAAACAGAGCUUUCCAUGAUUGCUCUGGACCUUACUAUGAUUCUGGGCAUUGCCCAUGGACUUCAUCUCAUGUUUGGGGCAGACUUGUUCAGCUGUGUCUUUUUGACUGCUAUUGAUGCUGUUUUAUUUCCACUUUUUGCCACCCUCCUGGAAAAUGGCAAGGCAAAAUUCUUAUGCAUAUGGAUGGUAGGUUUUGUAUUGCUUUGCUAUGCUCUUGGAGUACUCAUCAGUCUACCAGAAAUUCCACUUUCAAUUAAUGGGAUGCCAACAAAGUUCAGUGGGGAGAGUGCAUUUGCAUUGAUGAGUCUUCUUGGAGCUAAUAUUAUGCCUCAUAAUUUUUAUCUCCAUUCUUCGAUUGUAAAGCGGCAUCAAGGACUACCAAAUGUUUCCAAAGCUGCUUUGUGUCAUAGUCAUAUUUUUGCGAUCUUAUUCGUCUUCAGUGGCAUUUUCUUGCUGAAUUAUGUGCUGAUGAACGCUGCAGCAAAUGUGUUCUAUAGCACAGGCCUUGUUUUGCUUACAUUUCAGGAUGCUAUGUCUCUAAUGGAUCAGGUAUUUAGGAGUCCAAUUGCACCUGUUUUCUUUUUACUGGUUCUAUUUCUAUGUAAUCAAAUCACAGCAUUAACCUGGGAUCUUGGCGGACAAGUAGUCUUGCAUCAUUUAUUGAGAAUGGACAUUCCUGGAUGGCUUCAUCAUGCUACAAUCAGGAUAAUUGCGAUUAUUCCAGCCCUCUACUGUGUGAGGACUUCAGGAGCUGAAGGGGCAUAUCAGUUGCUUUUGUUCAUGCAGGUUAUGGUAGCUAUGUUCCUUCCAUCUUCUGUCAUCCCCCUUGUCCGGGUUGCCUCCUCAAGACCAAUAAUGGGUGUCUACAAAGUUUCUCAGUUUGUGGAGUUCCUCGCCGUAGUUGCAUUAGUUGGGAUGCUUGGCUUAAAGAUCAUAUUUGUUGUAGAGAUGAUAUUUGGAAACAGUGAUUGGGUGGGUAACUUGCGAUGGAACAUUGGGAAUACUACAUCUGGCUCAUAUUUUCUUCUACUCACCACUGCAUGUACAUCACUCUGUUUUAUGCUUUGGCUGGCUGCCACCCCAUUAAAAUCUGCUAGUGCCAGAUCAGAUGCACAGGCAUGGAACUGGGAUUCACCAAAGGCUGUAACUGAGCCAUCCUUUGAGAGAGAGGAAAUCGAUUUUAUGGACUCUAGAUAUCAUGGAGAGGAUCCUGUUCACAAGCAAGAACCAGCACCAGCGUUGGAGAAAUCCUUUGGGAGUCAUUUGGAUAUGCCAGUGGAAAAUUUUGAUCUUGAUUUGCCUGAAACAAUCAUGGAUUCUGAUCACGGGCCUAUAUUGACUACUAUUGAAGAGAAUUGUUCUAAUAUUACAUUUCCCAGCUCCCCAAUAUGUCACUCAGAGAAACCAGAAUCCACAGUAGAGUCAGUAUCACCCACCACUGUGGUUAAUGAAGUCUCUCAUGUUCACUUGCUGGAUACCAGCACCUUGAAGAUUGAAUCAGUGGACCCAGUUGAAAAGACUGUUGGAAUAGAAGGAGACUCACAGAUUGAGAAGGAUGACGAGGAGGGAGAUGCUUGGGAGCCUGAAGAAGCUUCCAAAGAGAUUUCUGGAAGCAGCCCUUCUUUGACAUCUGAGGGUCCAGGAUCAUUUAGGAGUCUCAGUGGGAAAAGUGAUGAAGGUGGGAAUGGUACUGGAAGUCUUUCAAGACUAGCUGGGUUGGGUCGUGCUGCAAGACGUCAGUUAGCUGCAGUUCUUGAUGAGUUUUGGGGACAAUUGUAUGAUUUCCAUGGUCAGGCAACUCCAGAAGCAAAGGCUAAGAAACUGGAUUUGUUGCUGGGGCUAGAUUCAAAACCUGCGAUUUCCUCACUGAAAGUGGACAGUAUCAAGAAGGAAUUUACUGGGUACUUCCCAUCUGUGGGAGGAAGAGGAUCAGAUUCCCUGAUCAGUUCAAGUUUAUAUGAUUCCCCCAGGCAGCAGACAAUGCAAAGCAGUAUGGAUUCUUCUUAUAGGGGGGUUCAAAGGGGGUCUUCUUCAUUUUGGUCCAACAACAUUCAAAUGCUGGAUGCAUAUGUGCAAAAUUCCAGCCGCAAUGUUCUUGAUGCUGGUGAGAGGCGCUACUCUAGUUUGCGUCUUCCACCCUCUUCUGAUGGCUUGGAUUAUCAGCCAGCCACUGUACAUGGAUAUCAGAUUGCCUCUUAUCUCAGUCGUAUUGCUAAGGAUAAAAGUUCGGAUUAUAUGAAUCCCCCAAUUGAGUCAACACCCCCAAAAUCCCCUUCUUUGGGCCCUGCAAACUAUAGAGAUCCACUUUCUUUUGCUUUGGGGCAAAAGCUGCAAAAUGGGUUAGGCUCUGUACAAGCAUCUGGUUUUCAGAACCGUGCAGUAUCGAGAAACAGUGCUUUGCAAUCUGAAAGAGCAUAUUAUGAAAUGUGCUCCUCAGGACCUGCCGAGACUGGGGGGAUUCCAGCCAAUACAAAGAAGUACCAUAGUUUGCCUGAUAUUUCAGGAAUCUCAGUUCCUCUUCGGAAUUUAUAUUUGUCUGAUAGGAGUGCUCAAUGGGACAAUACUGUUGGUUUUGGGCAAUCUAUUGGUCGAACAACCUAUGAUCGCACAUCUAUUGAUCAUUCAACCUAUGAACAAUCCCUGUACUCAAAUACUGGUUCGACAACCCGGGGUCCUCUGGCAUUUGAUGAACUCUCUCCAUCAAAAGCAUAUAGAGAUCCUUUUUCCUUGCCAUUGAGUACAAGUUCAGACACUGGAUCCCUCUGGUCUAGACAGCCUUUUGAGCAGUUUGGUGUGGCUGAUAAAACUCGUAGUGUUGUGGGUGAAGGAGUUGGAAGUAGGCCAAAUUCAAUUACUCGAGAUGCUUCUUCUCUUCUGGAUUUGGAGGCCAAGCUUCUUCAAUCUUUCCGACAUUGUAUUGUGAGGCUCAUCAAACUGGAAGGAUCUGAUUGGUUGUUUAGACCGAAUGAAGGUGCAGAUGAGGAUCUUAUUUAUCGUGUUGCUGCGAGGGAGAAAUUUCUUUAUGAGGCUGAAACCAGAGAUAUUAGCUGGGGGGUUAAUGGGGAGGCUCAGUACUCUUCUUCUGAUAGGAAAUCUGGUUCUGCACAACUGCUUGUUUCCUCGGUUCCUCAUUGUGGAGAGGGCUGUGUAUGGAGAGUGGAUUUGGUAAUAAGCUUUGGGGUGUGGUGCAUUCAUCGAAUUCUUGAUCUGUCCUUUAUGGAAAGCCGACCAGAGCUAUGGGGAAAAUAUACUUAUGUACUCAACCGUCUUCAGGGAAUAAUCGACCUGGCCUUCUCAAAGCCUCGUUCUCCAAUGCUCCCAUGCUUCUGCCUUCAAAUUCCAGCAUCACACCAGCAAAGGUCAAGCCCACCAGUCUCAAAUGGGAUUUUGCCCCCUGCGGUAAAAUCAGUCAAGGGGAAAUGCACGAGUGCAGCUAUGCUAUUAGAGAUAAUCAAGGAUGUGGAGAUUGCUAUAUCUUGCCGAAAGGGUAGAACAGGGACUGCAGCUGGCGAUGUGGCUUUCCCCAAAGGAAAAGAGAAUCUGGCAUCUGUUCUCAAGCGCUACAAGCGUCGUUUAUCCAACAAACCUGUUGGAACCCACGAUAAUAUGGGGUCUGGGUUGCGAAAACUUCCGACUUCAUCGUCUUAUGGCUCAUAGUUUUGUCUACAGUUAACUCAACUGGGUCAAUGAUUUUUGAGCUGUUUGAUUUUGGAAAGCAGUUCAUACACUAGAUCAGGGUGCCCGGUUUCCCUCUUUCCUUUUUUUCUCCUCUCCCCCUUGUCUCCCUCUCUCUCUCUCAUGUGUAUUAAAAGUCUUUGCUGCAAAUGUUAUUUCCAUGUAUGAUAUAUAUACAUAGGAUAAAAAGAAUGACUGGAUUUGUAAUUGCAGCAGAAUGGAAAAAGGAAAAAUUUGGGUAGAAGAAAGGUGGAAAAAUGUGAUUGCAAUUUUGGUUUUGGUUCCU